UCAAGCAUAUACCUUCACAUGCAGAAUGACAGGGAGUUAUCAGGGGAUUAGGCAGCCAGCUUAAUCUUCUUGUCAUUCAGAACUUGACUUUUCUCUAACUUGUUACUAACUUGAUUGACAAUUUACUUUACACAAUUGAGUUACAAGAGGUAUCUAUUUAUAGACGCGAAUGUAGGGUAGGAAAUUUGGAAAUAUGCGUUAAUCACUGAAGGAUUGAGUGCGAGUUAUUUAUUGAACUGCUUGAUUAUAUUUAUGAGAGCAAUGCAUUUAUUACACAGUUUUACUAUAUUUAUUAUUUCGGAGCAAAACUUGACUUUGACAACGGUGAGUUUAUUGCACGUUCUAGCUGAAUCAGUUACUUUCUUCUUAACACGUUUCGUCAAACUUAAGGCGCUGAAACAACUUUGUUUUUCAAAUCAAUUGGAAAGUGGCUGCAUUACUAAUUUGCCUUUUUUCAAGUCCUUUCCUUUCUUGAUUGAUGAUUUUGCAAAAUAUUUUAGUACAAAUUUGACAGUGAUGACAUGAAUCAUCAAAGAGAUCAUGUCUUAAACCAUAUGAAAAAGUUAUGGACCAAUUGGAGAGGAUCAUUGCACAGGUAUGUGAAGUUUAAGCCAUUGCAUGAAGCUCUAAAAGAUGUCCCGAAGGAGGUAGACAAGAGUGGUUUGGAAUGGUUGGUCAAGGAACAUUUUUUAAGUGAAAAAUUUAAGGGAUGCAAAGACGGUAAUCUACCGAACAUGGCGACUAUCUUCUUUGAGACUCACAAGAAAGAAGACACGCUUGUAGAACCUGAAGCUAGUAAAAUAUAUACUGAAAUACAAGAGGUGGUACAAUUUGAGCCAUCUCUUACGAAUAUCGAGGUAAUAGAAAGGUGUUUCGGACCUCAAAAUAAGAGUCAUGUGGUUGGAUUAGGGGGUGGUAUAACCACUAAGGAGUUGAAAGGCGGUAGCUUCUCAAAGGCUGCAAUACUGGUUGAGCUGAAUGCAACUCGAAAAGAAAAAGAAUCACUACAGACCGAGCUGAAUGCAACUAAAAACGCAAAAGAAUCUCUGGAAAAAUAUAUGGACGACUUUGAGUCUAAGUAUGAUCAUCUUAUAAGCUUACUGUUCUUCAAGUCAACAAAGUACAAGUUGAAGUAUUUAAUAGAUAAAGGGCCCGAAGAAGUUUGAAGAAUCAUCCUUAAAGAUAAUUCCGAGCAAGUUGAAUUAGCAGCUGGAAUUGUUGAAGAACAAUGGAAAUCUAUUUUGUUUUAUUAGGAGUUGUCGUCAUCUGUACAAACUACUAUCUCACUUUCUCUUUAAUUUUCU